AUGCUCACGUUUACGCCGGUCCACGCAACCUUUGGUGCCGAGGUGCACGGCGCCGACCUCGCAACACUAUCGGAUGCGGGCCUCGACGAGAUCAAAGCCGGCAUCGCCAAGUACGGCUUCCUCGUGUUCCGCGAUACAGGCUUUGACGAUGACAGCCAUGUUGCUUUCUCAAAGCGUCUCGGUGAUCUUGACAACAUUGCGCGGUUUCUAUCUCCCGGCCGCAAGAUGCGGUACCGCCACCUCGAACUGUUCGAUGCUGGCAACCUUGAUGCCGACGGCAACGUACUCGACCCGGAUUCGCCCCGUGCCCAUCAGGCCAAGGGCAACUGCAUUUUCCACGUCGACUCGUCCUUCAACCCGCGUCGCGCGUCGUACUGCCUGCUGCGGGCCGUUCAACUGCCGCCGGCCGGUGCUGGUGGGAACACAACUGACUUUGCCGACUCGCGCACCGCGUACGACACGCUGCCUGCCGACCUCCAGCAGCAGCUCCUGGCCAACAACUAUGUGGGCCGGCAUUGUAUCGCACACUCGCGCAAGCUCGCCGACCCGGAGUUCUACCACGACCUCGACCCGGGGUCGCAGCCGCACAUGCGCCACCACAUCCUGCAGCGGCACGAGCCGAGCGGGCGGCUGAAUCUCUAUGUAGGUGCGCACCUGCACAGCCUCGAGACCGAGGCAAAGGGUCUUGUGGAUGCAGACGAGUCGACCCGCCUCAUCCAACAGCUCAAUGCGCAUGUAAGCAGCGCGCCGUUUGUCACGUCGGUGACGUGGCAGAAGCCUGGCGACAUUGUCAUGUGGGACAACCGCGCAGUGCAGCACCGGGCGGGCGCGGGGUCGUAUGGCACGCACAAGCGCGACCUGCGGCGCACGACGGUGCACGAUGACAGCCCUACCGCGUGGGGACUGAAUGCGACAUCGACGGCGAUGCCUGGUUUUGUGUAUGACCCGACCGCAGGCAACACGACCGGGGCGAUUUCGUCUGAAUUGCCCGCGCCCGUUCCUGUCGCUGUGUCGUAG